AUGAAACUCUUUCUUGUCGGAUUAUUCGUGGCGUUAGCCUCUACCUCACCGCUGCCUUUAGAUGAAGAAAAUGGAGAACCUGUAGAACUGAUUGUAAAUGGCGUUCCUGAAGGGGAACCAUUAGAAAUCGGAGAUAUUGUUGACAUCAAACUAAAGAACCACGUUGAUGGACAACUAGCUUCGGUCUCAGAUCUUCUGUAUCCAUUAACGGCUCAAGGUCUUGCUGAAACUGCUGCUGCUGCUGCUGCUGAAGAAAACAUCCCAGUUCUUCCAGAACCAGUGCCCGAAGUGGUGCCUAUGCCAGUGCUGUUACCUGAACCAGUUUUGCCUGAAGUAGUGGCCCCUGAGCCUGUAGUAUUGCCUGAGCCUGUAUUGCCUGAGGCGACACUGCCUGAACCAGUAUUACCUGAGUACGUUCCACAGCCCGCUGUUUCUGAAGUGGAAAAUAACCCCGAAAUAAUAGAAGAGACUGCACCAGAGAUUCCUAACGGGGAAAUUUUUAAUGAUGGUAACGUUCAAGUAUCGGUCAAUGUUCCUGAUGAAACCGGAGUCUUCACAACAAUUCAGACCUGGUUACAACUAUUCUUGAAUUACUUCAAUAACGGCGUUCAAACCACCCAACAAAUAAUUUAA